AUGGCAGGUGAAAUGAACGAGAAUGCCAUAAGGGGUGGCAAAAUUGAAGGGGAAGCGACCAAAAGAUUGGCCCCAAGGAGAAAGGAUAGUGAAGUGAAUAACACAAGCACCUUCAAUACAAAGGCAAUCACAGUUGGUCAACCUAAAACAGCUGCGGAUGAGCAACAGAGUUAUCAAAUGCAAGAGUCGGGUACAAGACAGAAUUUUGAAAAGAUACAGUUCACACCUAUCCCCGUGACGUAUCGUGAGCUUUAUCAAAGCUUAUACAAUGCUCAUGCUAUUGCUCCAUUUCACUUGAAACCACUACAGCCUCCAUAUCCUAAAUGGUACGAUGCAAACGCUAGAUGUGAAUACCAUGCUGGAAUACCGAGACAUUCGAUCGAAAAUUGUACCGGUUUUAAGAAGGCCGUAGAGAGGCUUAUUAAGAUGGGGGUAGUGAAGUUCGACAAUACCCCUAAUACUGAAAACCCGUUGCCAAAUCAUGGCAAUCAAGGAGUGAUCACCAUUGGCGAAGCCAGUGAGAGGAGAAUGAAGGAAAAUGUUGCUGGGGUAAGGAUGCCCAUGAAGGUGAUUUGGGAGGAGAUGAUGAAGAAAGGUAGCUCUUGUGAAAAACAAGUAUGUAUGCUGGAGGAUAAACAGAAAGGAACUAGCUGGCCAAGGAUUAUUAUUUCCCUACUGGGGAAUAGUGAAGUGGGGGCACAAACGGAGCCUAAGGUCAUUAUCCAUAAGCCUACGCCUUUCCCUUAUAAGGAUAGCAAGAGGGUAUCAUGGAGCUAUGACUGCAGUGGGACAGUACCGGAGGAGGAAAAUAUAGCCAAUACAUCUAAAGAUGUACAAGUUGAGGGUUCCCAUACAUGGAGUGGGAAGCAGUAUGAUACGGUGGGUGUCAAAGAGGAGCCCACGAAAUCAAAGAAUGUUAGUGCGGAGAAGGAGAAAAAGGCUGAAGUGCCUGUUAAGGAGCCAGUGCUCAAUGAAACAUAUGUCACCCAUGACAUAUCUGUUAACAAGCUGGACCGAUUGGUGAAUAACAUAAGUGCAAAUAAUUCCAUCUACUUUAAUGAUGAUGAAAUCCCACCAGGGGGCAGGGGGUCAACAAAGGCCUUGCACAUCACCACUCGUUACAAGGGGUACACACUCCCAAGCUUUUUCGUCGAUAAUGGAUCGGCUUUGAAUGUUCUACCAUUGUCUACAUUGAACAGAUUACCCAUUGACGGUUCUCACAUGAAUACAUGUCAAAAUAUGGUAAGAGCCUUCAACGGUACAAAAAGGAAUGUGAUAGGAAGGAUUGACAUCCCCUUGGAAAUUGGGCCGAGUAUAUAUGAAGUAGUCUUCUUGGUGAUGGAUAUCAAGCCCUCCUAUAAUUGCUUAUUAGGGAGGCAAUGGAUACACUCAGUGGGAGCGGUGCCCUCAUCGUUGUACCAGAAAUUAAAGUUAGUGACGGAUGGACGGCUAGUAACUAUCAAUAUGGAGGAGGACAUUAUAGUCGCAGUCACUAACAAGGACCCUUAUGUCGAGACGAACGAAGAGUCUAUUAAGUGUUCUUUUCGCUCUUUAGAAUUUGUGAAUGUAACCUUCAUUUUAGAAGGGAGUGAGCCACCGGUGCCAAAGAUAGCAAGAGCCACGAGGAUGGCUCUACAAAUGAUGCCAGACUAUAAGCAAUGGAGGAAGGAAGUUGAGAACUGCCAAGAGGGAAGAAGGGCGCGCCAUAAUGGAAGAGAAGUGGAGUGGGAGCUGAUGACAUUCCCUCUAAUAUCCCAAGCCUUUAUAUCAGGAGGGUUACUUAUAGAAGAAAGUCAUCAGAUUAAUGCUAUACACAAUAAAGGAUCGGAGCAAGGAAACCUUGAGGGUAUUUGCCCUUACGAACCGGGAAGCUCUCUGAACAAUUAG